GGCGGGGGUUGGGAAGAUGGCGGCUCCCAGCCUCCUCAACUGGAGGCGGGUUUCCUCCUUCACGGGGCCGGUCCCCCGCGCCCGGCACGGACACCGAGCCGUGGCCAUCCGGGAGCUGAUGAUCAUCUUUGGCGGGGGCAAUGAGGGCAUCGCGGACGAGCUGCACGUCUACAACACGGUUACAAAUCAGUGGUUCCUACCAGCUGUUAGAGGAGACAUCCCUCCAGGCUGUGCAGCCCAUGGAUUUGUCUGUGAUGGUACCAGAAUAUUAGUAUUUGGGGGAAUGGUUGAAUAUGGAAGAUACAGCAAUGAGUUAUAUGAGUUACAAGCAAGUCGAUGGUUAUGGAAAAAAGUGAAACCCCACCCCCCUUCCUCUGGUUUACCUCCUUGUCCUAGGCUGGGACAUAGUUUUUCUUUAUAUGGUAACAAAUGCUAUUUGUUUGGUGGUCUGGCAAAUGAAAGUGAAGAUUCAAACAACAACGUUCCCAGAUAUUUAAAUGAUUUCUAUGAAUUGGAGCUGCAGCAUGGUUCUGGUGUUGUUGGAUGGAGCAUUCCAGUCACUAAAGGGGUUGUGCCUUCUCCAAGAGAAUCCCACACAGCUGUUAUAUAUUGCAAAAAAGAUUCUGGAACUCCUAAAAUGUAUGUUUUUGGCGGAAUGUGUGGCGCUCGCCUGGAUGACCUGUGGCAGCUUGACUUAGAAACUAUGUCAUGGUCAAAACCAGAAACUAAAGGGACAGUUCCACUUCCACGAAGCCUUCACACAGCCAGUGUUAUAGGAAACAAAAUGUACAUUUUUGGUGGAUGGGUUCCACAUAAGGGGGAAAAUAUUGAGACUUCACCUCAUGAUUGUGAAUGGAGAUGUACCAGUUCAUUUUCUUACCUAAAUCUAGAUACAGCAGAGUGGACCACUCUAGUAUCAGAUUCUCAGGAAGAUAAAAAAAAUUCAAGACCAAGACCAAGAGCUGGACACUGUGCUGUUGCAAUUGGCACUCGAUUAUAUUUUUGGAGUGGAAGAGAUGGCUACAAAAAAGCACUGAAUAGUCAAGUUUGCUGCAAGGAUCUUUGGUAUCUUGAUACUGAGAAACCACCAGCACCAUCACAAGUACAGUUGAUCAAAGCUACUACCAACUCUUUCCAUGUCAAGUGGGAUGAAGUACCUACUGUUGAGGGCUAUCUUUUACAGCUGAAUACAGACUUGCCUUACCAAGCUACAUCAUCAGAUUCUUCAGCAGCAUUAAAUAUGCCAGGAAGCAGAAUGGACCCUCACAGACAAGGCGGUAAUAGCAUCCUUCCGAACAGUAUCAAUGAUACAGUAAACAGUGCAAAAGUGGAACACACAGCCAUGAAAGGAACUGCAACGAAAAACAAACCAGAUUUCAAAGCAACAGAUACUAAUGCUAUUUUAUAUUCAUCUUUGGCAUCUAAUGCUUCUAAUCAUAAUAGUUGUAUGACGGAUAUGCUAAGGAAAAGUGAAGAUCUUUUCUCUUUAAACUUAGGUCCCCACACUUCAGCAAAUGUAGGUGUACUAAGUAGUUGCCUGGACUUAAGAACAGUAACCCCUGAAACUUCGGUGUCCAGUACUGUUUCCAGCGCACAAACUAUGGUAACCCAGCAGACCAUUAAAACUGAAUCAUCCAGUACAAAUGGGGCAGUUGUUAAAGAUGAAACUUCACUAACAACAUUCAGUACCAAAUCUGAAGUUGAUGAAACAUAUGCUCUGCCUGCGACUAAGAUUAGCCGAGUAGAGAUGCAUGCUGUACCCAUGCCAUUUGCUAAAGAGUCUCCUUCAAACCCAGUGGCCACAGUGAAAGCAGGAGAACGACAGUGGUGUGAUGUGGGAAUUUUUAAAAAUAAUACAGCUUUGGUGAGCCAAUUUUAUUUGCUGCCAAAAGGGAAGCAAAACAUCUCCAAGGUAGGAAAUGCAGACGUACCUGACUACAGUUUACUUAAGAAACAAGAUCUUGUUCCGGGCACCGGAUACAGGUUCAGGGUUGCUGCAAUCAAUGGUUGUGGAAUAGGUCCUUUCAGCAAAAUCAGUGAAUUUAAAACUUGUAUUCCUGGUUUUCCUGGAGCCCCUUCUGCAGUCAGAAUUUCAAAGAAUGUUGAAGGUAUCCACCUUUCCUGGGAGCCUCCAACUUCACCUUCUGGAAAUAUUUUGGAAUAUUCAGCCUACUUGGCUAUCCGCACAGCACAGAUACAAGAUAAUCCAAGCCAGCUUGUGUUCAUGAGGAUUUAUUGUGGUCUUAAAACGUCAUGUAUAGUAACUGCUGGGCAACUUGCAAAUGCACAUAUUGAUUAUACAUCCAGGCCUGCCAUUGUGUUCAGGAUAUCAGCAAAGAAUGAAAAGGGAUAUGGACCAGCUACACAAGUUCGAUGGCUUCAAGGUAACAAUAAAAAAGCACCUUUAAAUUGAAUUUUUUCUUUCUUUUCUUUUCUUUCUUCCUUUUUUUCUUUUUUCUUUUUUUUACUGAAGCUGUUGUGAUGAUGAUUAUUUAUUAGUAACUGGUUAUGAAGAUUUGUCAUUUAAAAGACUGUAUUUCUAGCAGUUAUGAAUUUGAGUUUGUAAGUUGUUCUUAAAAUGUAUUUGCUCAAUUCUAGAUCCAAAUAAAAAUAGAAAAGAAGCAAAGACUCUCUGAAAAUUAGUAUAUGGAUUCUUCCUUACACAUAUAGCUCUUUUAUAAAGAAAAAUAAUAAAAUAAGAUAAAAGAUAGAAGGCUGUAUUACCCUGAUAUCUUUUAUAAAGGCUAUGUAACUCAGUCAUCCUCGAAUUUUUGAAAUGAUUCUAGUAACCAACUGUUGUACACUUCACUGUCUUACGUAGUAAAAUGUUCUCUACAUUGUAAAUACCUUAUCUUUGAGUACUUCCUCUAACUUUAUUGUCUAUGAGUGGUGGUCCUCCAACAACUAUCUUCUAUGGAUAAUAUUUGUGAUACUAAUCUUAGUAGCCAUUUAUUCCUUUAUUUAUAGUUAGCACAGAGCUUAAGAAAUUUUUAAAAAGAGAGAAAGGCAAGUUCGGAAACUGCUUUUGAAUUAUUAUUUUUCAAAAUCAUGGUAAGAUAAAAAAUGAAUAAUGGGCAUUGAUUCAUACCAGGCCAAUGUAUUUGAAUAUGUAUUUGGCUAAAGCACUUAAUUUCGUUGGCCCUUAAUUUCCUCACUCACAGAUGAGUUAAAAGAGUUUACCUUCAAGGGCCCUUUCAGCACUCAAAUUUUCUAUUUUCAUCAGAUGUUAGAGUAUGUCCCUGAACAUGUUCAUAUGUCUUAAUGGUUCUACCUUUGCUUUUUUUGAAAUCAAAAGUUUCAUAAUUUAAGAUUUAAAAUUAAAGUGUAUGUUCUCUUACUGCAGAAAGAAAGAAGCACCUUAAUGGGGCACAAGUUUUGAAAUAGUGUUUUAAACAUUUGUAAGAUUUUUGUAAAUGCUCUAGAUGUUUUAUUUUUGCAUCGUUUUUACCUCAAAAUUGUACAAACUUUUUUACAAUGAAAAUAUAAGCAUUAGAUAGCUAACUCAGGUUCCUUACAACCUUAAAGAUGCAGAUGAGCAUUAUGAACACUCUGCUACAGGUAACUUGUUUUAAACCUUUUAGGAAUUUCAUGGUUCCACUGCCUAUUCAAAUCUGGAAUGAAUAUAUCAGAGCAAUAAUUGCAGAAAAGAUAUUUCACACUAAGAGCUACAAUAACUGUAAGGGCACCGGUCUAUCUUUUUAAUACCACACAACCUUAUGUCAGUUUAGGUUGACCGAGUAGCAAUGUCUUCACACUUUGUGUAUAAUAUCCCCAGCAAAGAUGGAUUUAAUUGUGCAGAAUUGAUAUAUAUGCGUGUUCCAGUUACUAAUUUAAAGUGUAUAGAAUAUUUUAAUAUAUAAUUUUUGUAAAGAACUGGGAUUUUUAUACUACAGUAUUUGUAAUUAAUGUGUCUCACUAAUUUUCUCUUGAAGAAAAUAUGCAAACUGUUAGACACAUAAUGAGUGGUUUCUGAACUCUAAAGAUAAAAUAAAUGCACUACUAUAGUGUUGUUAGAAUACCGUUUUUGUGGCUAUAUGAAUCCUGAAUCUUUAAAUGUGUAUUUUACAAUGUUUACAAGGAGCUUCUCUGGUUUAUUGUCCCAGCAGUUCCCUUGGCGAGAGCUUCAUUCUGCAUUUGUUUAAUUCAUAUGCUUUGCUUUUGGCAUAUACUUGCUUUUUGCACUAGUAGAAUUUUAACUUACCUCAUUAUUAUGUUUGUAAUCAUUUGUAUAGCUUCCAUAAUGUGUCUGAUAUAGGCUAAAGAAAUACUUAACCAAAGUUAAAAUGAAAAUAAAUGGUAAGCAAUUUUGCACAUAUUAAGUGCUAGGGUUUGUUGUGUAUGUGUGUGCGCUUAGUUAUAAAAGUAAUAAGAAUGGAAAGUAAUAGUAAGUGUAUGUUUUAAACCCAAUUAUUUUAAGUAUCUAUUUGCUUUAUUUGAAAAAUUUUGGCUUUUAACCCAUUAUUAUUUGCAUUAACACUUUGCAUCUUGAAAUGCUUCUCUUAAUGACAAGGAAUAAGUUGAUUCAAAGCAAACAGUAGAAUAUUUGUUUUAAGUGUGCAUGUUAAUGCCUGUUGGGUAUUUAAUUUACUUUGCUGAAAUGCCUCUGCUGUUUUAGAUCAGGAGGUGAAUAUGAACCUGUGGUUCUAACAUAUGACUGACUUCUUACAGGGAAGGGCAGCCUUUUCAUACCAAGGGGUUUGUUAAAAUAAUAAACCUAUUUUGAGAAUUAGCCCAGUUUUUUUUUUGAUUUGGCAUUAGUAUACUAAGCACCAGUCAUGUUUAUCUCCCUGAUCAGGGAUUGGUGACUGAAAGAUGCCAUUAGAAAAUCUCUAAUGGCUUUUAAUAUUAAUAGUUAAUAAGAGAUAAUUAUAUGUUCAUGAAUAGAAUAAAUUGGGUAAAUAACAAGGAGUACAUUUAACUUCUUGUGAUUUGCACUUUUUCUAAGUGAAGAUCCCUUUGUAUAACAGUGGCUGUAUC